UUUUAAACCAGAAGUCGUCGUCUAAGUCCAAGCGAGUUUGACGCAGCCGCACAGCAAACUCGUCUUCAACCUGCCGACCACUGCAGCAUCCUCAUCGUCAUCGCUUCAUCUUAAGGAAAGUAACACGGGAACACAAAACGAUCGAACCGCGGAACCAGCUCAAUCAUGAUGGAGAAAUCAAGCAGCCAGUACGACUCGUUCCUGUUCUGGAGGCAGCCCAUCCCGGCGCUGGAUCCGUCCGAGCUCGAGGAUCUCGGACUCCUCGACGGUCCUCGGUACCCAGCCAAAGACAAGCUGACCGGAUGUGAUGAACAAGAGCUGAGCGAGUUCUCGUCCUUCAACUACUGGAGGGACCCCAUCGGCGACGUUGACGCGCUGCUGGCCGACCUCAACCUGCUGCUCUGAGCCCCGCUCUCUGACCUCCGACCCCCACGUCAAGCAUGCUUAGAAGAUGGUGUGAUGUCACUUAAACGUCGCUUUCAAAAACAGCAACUUCCGCUUUGAGGUUGAAAGGCCUAGCUCGUUUUUUUGCCUUUAUGUUUUUAAAUGAAAACCUAAGUUGCCAUAUUGAUAUAUUUUAGGCCAUGCUUGUGUAUUUAUUUCAUGCUGCUGAUAAGUUCUUUACUUUUUACAAAAACACAUUUGCCUUCUGAAUGUAUGGAAACUAAAACUUUUAUUUGCAAAUGUCUUUAUUAAAUUAAUUCAUACCCUCA